GCAGACACGCUGCGUGACUGGUAUCGAUGGCAGUCAUCAUUGGACAGAGACUAGAGAGCUAUUAUGUUUAUAUGAACAUUAUUCAGAUAAUACAAUCUGUCACAUUCUUUGGGACUAAGUCGUUGUUGUUCUUGUGCACGAAACAUGCAAUUUGGCCGUAGCAGGUCUUAGUCUACAGGAGCUGAUAAAAGCAAUUGUAUAUGCAUCUCCACCAAAGGACCAUGCACUCUGCAGGCGGCAAGAGCCGCUCACUUGCUGUUACAGACUCGCGCGGAGCAGCCCGGGGCCUGCUGGACGCCCCCGCCUCGUACGCCAACUGGUAUGCAUCAUGGCUGACUGUGGUGGUGCUGUGUGGAGCUGUGGCCAUCAUUUGCUCUAUCGACCGCACGGCUAUGAGCGUUGCGGUGCUGCCCAUGGGUCUCAAGUAUGGCUGGAGCGACAUGGUCAAGGGCGCGGUCAGCAGUGCCUUCAACUUGGGACACACCAUCACCAAUUUCUACGGCGGUUACCUGGCUUCGGCCUAUUCGCCGAAGCUGGUACUUAGCCUGGGUGUGGUGGUGUGGAGUGCGUUCACAAUGCUGACGCCGCCCGCGGCUGCCUUGGGCCUGUGGCCUUUAUUUUUGGUGCGGGCCUGCAUGGGCCUGGGCGAGGGCGUGGCGUAUCCCACGAUGCAGGCAAUCAUCAAGGGUUGGGUUCCACGCGAACGCCGGUCCAGGAGCCUGAGCCUGAUGUACAGCGGGCACCAGAUCGGCAGCAUUCUGUCGCUGCUCUGGUCCCCGCUUAUCAUUGCGUCGGCAGGCGUGGACCUCAUGUUUUACGUUUACGGGUUAGCGGGCUUUAUCUGGAUCGCCUUGUGGCAUCCGCUGGUGUCGCCGGACCCGCCGCUGCUGCGUGACCACCUGCCAGCCGGCUUCUCGCCGCCCAAGAUGAGCGAGCUGCCCUGGCGCACGAUCCUGAGCAACCGCGUCUUCUGGGCGCUCAUGGCGUGCCACUCCACCUUCGGCAUCCUAUACAACACGGCCAUUUCGUGGAUGCCGCGCUACUACAACUAUGCGUUUGGGCUGGAUGUGCGCAGCUCCUCAUUCUUGUCCGUACUGCCGUGGGUGGCCAUGGCGUGUGGCACCAACAUCAGCGGCUGGGUGGCCGACUACCUCAUCAACCGCAAGCUGCUCACCACCACACGCACGCGCAAGCUCCUGCAGCUCGCGGGAAGUGUGGGGCCGGCGGUGUGCCUGCUCUACCUGGCCUGGGGCAGCGGCGGUGCCCGUCAGGCGGCAGUCGCCGCCGUUGCAGGCGCGGCGGCCAAUGCCACUGUCGUCGUGGAUGGUGUGGAGGCCGCGGCGGGCGUGCACCACAGCGGCCGGAGAGCGCUGAGCACGGUGGACACCGGUGGCCCAAGCCGGCUGUCGGACUUAGCUAGCGAGAGCCCCGAGCUGCGCUCGGCGGUAGUGCUGAUGACGAUGACGAUGGCGUUCCUGGGGCUGCAGGCGGGCGGCUUCGCCUCCACGCACCAGGACAUCGCCACACGGAUGGCCAGUGUGCUCUUCGGCACCACUAACGCGGCUGCCAGCCUGGCAGGCAGUGCCUUUGUGUUCCUGGUAGGCGUCAUCCUGGACAGCACGGGAUCCUGGAGCCUGGUGUUUCAAAUGAUUGCGGCGUGCUGCCUGGCGAGCUGUGCAGCGUUCUUGACGCUAGGGACCUCUGAGCCGCAGUUUGACUAGUGCAACAAUGCGUGAUGCCGGUCCUCUGAAGCCAUAGGGGUGCACGCCCUAGUGAUUUGGUUGCGCGCAGGUGGCUGCAUUAUCAAACAGCGGUUGGCGUGUUACUAGCUGUGGUUGUGGCAGCGAGAUGGGCCCGUCUGGUCCCUAGCCAUGCUACCGUGACUUAAGGCAUGAGAUGUGGUUACUGCGCAGGUUUGAAGCGUGGCGAGCGAGGCCGGGCCUAUGGCAAAAGUGAUCGCAUGUGAGCGAGGCUGGGAUUAGGGCAGUAAGCGGUUGCGAACUUGCAUGUGCUAAUGGGACGUGCGAAGCAUGCGUGCAGAACUGUGGCUGAGUGCAAUGGGGGCUGCCAGGGGCUGCGACGCGUCAAAGAAAUUGGCGGCUGAUGGCUGUACGCUUGCGGCUGUGCCGCUGUGGCGAGCGCAAAUUGGAGUAAGCAUGAGAGCACCGUGACAAUGUGGCCAGCUAAAUGCAUGGUGCCGCGAGAGGGGCAACCACGGGGGCAACCAGCUGAUGGGGGCUACUCACACUCAACUCGCCCACCACUCAUCGUACAAUUUGGGCUCUUCGGUCUUGCCGCGCCGUUUUGUGGACCCUGGUUGUCAUACUGUCGCCCUGCCACUGCUUGCUCGUGAUGGAACAUGGCAAGGGGCAGGAAAGCGUAGUCCCGAUGUGUGUGGCUCCCACCCGUGCCCACAUAAAUGCGUAGCAGGAAGGGACAAGGCAUUGGUGCGUCGUUCGCGCGCUGUUACUGUACCGACGGUAGCUGGCAGGUUGUGUCGAUGUUUUGCUGACGCGCAUUCCUCACGCUCCGGGCGCCCGGCCAAGGCGAUAGCACCACACAGACUCAAUGCGACGCCACACCGCGCGGAUAGCAUAGCCGAUGCGCACCUGCAGGCAGUCGACCGGCGUCCACGGAUGAGCUGUGUAGACGAGCACUAGCGUAAUGCAACGGCGUGCAGCAAAACAAUGGCCGGGCGACAGUGUGACAAACAGGGGCAAGAACAAGGCGAAGCAAAGCAGAAGAGGGGCCCGAAUGUGUACGACAAUUGUGGCGGGCAGGCCGAAUGCGGUGCAACACGCCAACAACACAACCGGAGGUGAGGAAGCGUUGCUGAUGGUGAGGAUAGGUGCUGCGACGUUCGGUAGGGGAGCUGUGGCCGCGCACUAGUUGGGAGGAAGUUUCCGAGGCGUUGUUUCCGAGGCAUUGUUUGUGGCUGAUGUUUGUGGCUGAUAAAGAAAGAAGCAGAGUUUCGGCUGUGAGCGGCUGGCGAGGAGAGGCGGGGGCUGUUACGUUUUGGAAGGCGGGCGGAAGGCCGCACACGCCGGGAGUCGGGCAGGCUGUAGAUUUUGCUGAAGCUGCGUUUGAGAAGGGAGCCGAAGGGACAGCUGGGGUGGGACAGUUGGUGUGGGACAGCUGGAAGGGACAACUGGAAGGGACUACUGGAAGGGACAGCUGGGAGGGGACAGCGGAUGUGGGACUGCUGGGGUGGGACAGCUGGGGAGAGGCACGGGACAGCUGGGGAGAGGCACGGGACAGCUGGCAUGGGACGCUGGGUGGCUGCAGAGGCUGGCAGCGCUGGGGCUGGUACGUAGGUGGGUACUUGGGUACGUGGCUGGAUGGGGCCCGGGCUCACGAAGAGC